GCCGUUCCAGUGCUGAUAGCAACAAUUGGGUAAUGUGAAGCUGGCUUUCCAGGCGAAUCCCAUCAUCAAUAUAAUAUUUAUCGGUGAUUCGUUUCAUACAUAAAGCUGUACCUGAGCCAGCAUGCCUCCGAAGAAACCCGCUCCUCCCGGUGGGAAUAAAAAAACUCAAGAAAAGAAAAAGGAAAAGAUAAUUGAGGUAAUAAUUACACGAGUUAGCAUGUCGGUGUUUAGCGCUAGCUGUCCGGCUAAUAUACCGCACGCGCUGCAGCUAGCAUCAGUGAUCAGGAUUGAAAGCUGACGUUUCACUGUCCCAGUGGCGUUUGUUGGCGAUAUUGACAUGUUCAGUCAUCUUUGAGGUGAAGUUAAUGAUGUCUUACAAAAGGUCUGAUGCACGACAACAUUACUGAAAGCUAACUUUGGUCACUUUACGGAAUAUUUGACGUGGCCAGAAAGCUAGCAGGGCCGGGCUGCUACACUCCUGUGUUCACAGUUUCAUAGUGGGGAUCAAUAUUUAUCUGUAACAGCGAUAACUACCUUGAGAAAUACACACACGAUGUCUCAACGGCACAGGAAUCAAUUGUCCGACUGAUUGUUAAACAUGAAUAGGCGGCAGAGGCCUGUGAUCGGCCUGCUAGUAGUCGCCACCUCAGGACAUCCGGCGUACAGGAUUUGACUCCACUGUGGGGUCGGUUUGAGGGGAUGAAAUCUGACUUUUACACCUCAGUUAUGUGUUUCAGUGACUACAGUACUUAUAGUGUCGAUGUCAGUUCAUAAGAGUCUACAGUGAGUCUAUUAAACUUAACCAACGUAACUCUACGUCCUGUCAGCGUAGGCCGUCUGGUGUUCAGACUCAGGUCGUACUGCAGUGUGCCACACAGUUGAUAGUUUUAAAGUGAGUAAAAUGGUUUUAUGUGACACGUAUGCCACAAAACGAUAGGUCAUGUCUCAUCAAUAACAUAUCGUCUGUGUCCUUUGGCGACCAGAAGAGGUACUUAUGAAGUCCAACUUGUGCCAGCACUCCGUGUCAUGUAUUUUAUGAUGGUUCAAAAUCCAAAUGGAAAAAACAAAGUAACAAUACAGUAUUGUGCCGUUUGUAUUCGAGCCUUUUAGAGCCCGUUGUUGAAUAAAUUACACAUCUGUUUACAAACAGGAGCUGAAAAUGAUUAAAAGGCAUUAUGGAAAAUCACCUAAUUCUCAAAGAUGACACUUAUAUCUUAUGUUCAGACUGAGUAGCACAAACUGAGUGUAAAGAAUUCUUGUCUGAAUCUUAUCAAGUCAUUUUGCGAAUAUGCUGAGUUAGUGACAGAAGAGGCGACCACUAUUUGUGUACUUUAGCCUGGGUGGUGAAUUUAGUGUCACGAGAGGAGCUAGACCAGUGGUUCUCAAGUCCAGUCCUCGAGGCCCACUGUCCUGCAUGUUUUGGAUGUUUCCCUGCUCCAACACACCUGAUUCAAAUGAUUAGCUCGUUAUGAAGCCAUUACAGAGCUUGAUAAUGAGCUGAUCAUUUGAACCAGGUGUGUUGGAGCAGGGAAACAUGCAGGACAGUGGGCCUCGAGGAUUGGACUUGAGAACCACUGAGCUACACAAAUAUGAAGAAGAGGACUUUUGAGUUUUUAUUUAUUCACUUAUUUAUGUAGGAUUUAUCAGCUGAUUAUAGCGUCUGCAAGGUCAAGAGCAGGGCAGUUAAUAACAUUUAAAUAGAUAUGGACAUUCAAUAAAUUUCCCCUUCAAUAAAAUGCAGGAAUGUCACUGUGUAUUAAUUCCUCAUCCUUUGUAGUUUGUAGUCAUAACUUAUUAUAUCAAAUGAAAAAAAGAGACUCAGAACUUGAUAUUCUGCUGAAAACUACUUGUUCAUCGAAUGUUACUUAAAGUUAAUGGUGUAACUGUGUUUUUUUUUUUUUUUUUUGUCUUCAGGAUAAGACAUUCGGCUUAAAGAAUAAAAAAGGGGCCAAGCAGCAGAAGUUCAUCAAGAACGUCACUCAGCAAGUCAAAUAUGGACAACAAAGUGCCAGACAGGUUGGAAGCCAAUUUUGUUUGCGCUGUGAUUUCCUCCAUCCUUCUCCAUCAAACCAAUGUUUUCUUUCUCUCUCUGUCUAUUUCUCAAUAUUCUUUAACACACUGGUUUAUGAUUUCAGCUGUGAAAUAUUUAUUGCACCUCCUGUGAGGAGCUUUUGCCCACCUGGCUGUUAGGCGGUAAUUCUGCUGUAAAUGUAAAAUGAUUGAAUCACCUUGGUGCCUGUUAAAUUUAGGGUAAUUUAAAUGGAUAAUAUUUGCAGAUGUGUGUUUGUGUUCGCAGGCUACCCAGGCAGACGCUGACAAGACCAACAAGAAGGCUGAUAAGAAAAAGGAGUUGGAUGAACUCAAUGAGUUAUUUAAACCGGUAGUGGCUGCACAGAAGGUUAGCAAAGGUAAUCAACAUUGUCUGCACAAGGGAUUUGAGAGUACCGUCAGCUUUUACCAGUUGCUCUUGUGUGUGUGAGCUCAUAAAAUACACUGUUAACUGUUCAUUCUUCAUUUUGUCUUCGCUGCAGGUGUGGACCCGAAGUCAGUCUUGUGUGCGUUCUUUAAGCAGGGCCAGUGUACUAAAGGUGAUAAGUGCAAAUUCAGCCAUGAUCUGUUAAUGGAGAGGAAAUGUGAGAAGAGAAGCGUCUAUGUGGAUGAAAGAGACGAAGACCUGGAGAAAGGUCAGUGUUGAGGUGUAGGUGACAAGCCAAACAAUGAGGAUUCUUUCUUAUUGAAACCUGAGAAUGAAUCGCAAAACACUUUAAUGUCUUGUCAGGGUUAGCAUUGUGCUUGUUUUGUUUCCUCUCAGACACUAUGGAGAACUGGGAUGAGAAGAAGCUGGAAGAGGUGGUCAACAAAAAACACGGAGAAGCUGAGAAGAAGAAAGCCAAAACGCAGAUUGUGAGUGUUUUGUUGAUGAAUAAUGAAUGAGGAAGAAAGUGACGAAUAUAUGGACAGUUACAUUUUGAUGUUAGGUAGAAAACAGAAAUACAAAGGGCCAAAUCUAGUAGAGUGAAAUUUGUGACAGAUUUUUUUCAGAUCUUAACCCCAAUUUCCACGGCACCGAUCACAGCUGAUCUUUUCCAUUCACGUUAAUGUGUCAAAUUCCAUCGGCUUCUUUCCGUCCCGCUGCGGUUCAGUGGAUUCUGCAGCCGAUUGCAAGAAUUCUUUUUUUUUUUUUCAGACACCGCAGCAUGCCGCAUAAAUUGAGCACAGAUUAGCCCAUGCUAGAAAGAAAGUCGGGCACAUACAUAAAAUAUAACAUCUGACUUCUUUUCAAAAUAAAACACUGUGUUUCAGGCAGACAUUAUUUCAUGGCAUGCAAACGUGGGCGGGGACGAACAAGUCAAAGGUUUUCAGACAUCAUUUCACCCCGUUGACACCAUGGAUGAGGAGAUGCUAUUUCUAUAAGUCUAGAAGUGGAUUUCCUACUCUGGAAAAGCCACAAUCUACUGCUUAUAUGGUCAUGUGGCUGUCUUUAAGGAGACAACUUGUUAUCGCCAGUUGCACGGGAAUCAACAGGUUCUUUUAAGUCCUCACGAUUCCUGCUGUCUGACGUCUGCCAAUAAUUUCGCUUCACAAUCACAAACAGUAGUAAUUGGCAGAUGGUGAAAAUUGCCACCUUUCCGCAGCAGAGUUGUUCGGGAUGCAGUAGAAAUUGGGGGUUUGGGCGAUGUAAAAGUGCUUGUUUUGUUCAGCCAGUACAUAAAUCUUUGAUUUACUGUAUUGCGUGGAAUAUUUUCUGUUGGAAGAGAACCCAUUGUGUAAGAAAUAAGCAAAGAUUUCAUGAUAGUUUUACCAUAAAUGUAGGACCAACUUUGUCGUCAUUGAAGCCCCAAAUUGAAUAGAUUAAAUACAGUAUCCAUACAAAUGAUCUGUUUUCUAUGUCUGCCUUAUGUAUUAUAUAAUCUCUGGUGUUGUGUUGUCCACAGGUCUGUAAGUACUUCCUGGAUGCCAUAGAGAAUAAUAAGUACGGCUGGUUCUGGGUGUGUCCAGGAGGUGGCGAUACUUGUAUGUACCGACAUGCCCUGCCACCUGGAUUUGUACUGAAAAAAGACAAGAAGAAGGAAGAGAAAGAGGAGGAGAUUUCGCUGGAGGAACUGAUAGAAAACGAGGUAAAGAUGAGAGGAUGGAUAUGAAAGCCCCACUCUGGUUUUCAAUUCAAAUGCUUUACUUAGUCUUGUCUUAAAUUAGAUCAAGUUAUUAGAUCAAAAGAAAUCACACAUAUUCAAUAACAUAUUUUAUUUAUUUUGAACCUUAACUUAAAAAGUUGAAACAACAAAGUAUAACAGAACAAAACUAUUAAAGCCUUAUUGAGAGGCUUGUCGAAUAACAAAUAAUAAAUAUAGUGGACUGUAAGACUGAAAAAGAUUUGUAGUCAAAAAAAAUAAAGUCUGCCACAGAAACAAUCAGUGUUACCUAAUGUAACCUGUUGUCCUCAGGUAUUGAUGCUGAAAAUCCAUAGCUACCGUACUAGGGCCUGUCAUGUCAAUGCUCUCUUAGGGGGUCAUGUGAUUGACAGUUCCCUGGACAUUCCCUUUUCCUUCCACUUCUUGAUGCCUGUCUCUCUCUCUCCCUGCCUGCCUGCAGCGAGCUGCCCUGGGACCUGAUGUCACCCGAAUCACCCUGGAGACUUUCCUGGCUUGGAAGAAGAGGAAAAGGCAGGAGAAGGUUGAGAUGUGUUCAAACACUUUAUAGACACCAGUUUCUCAAAAAAGCGACAGCUAUUUGUAUAAAACUGUGUGACCCUUUGUAAUGAAAAGCUUCUGAUGGCUGAUGAAAAUGCCACCACUCUUCAUAACAAACCCAGAGAGGGUCUAAAUUUUUUUUUUUUUGCUUGAUUCUCAUUUACCUUUUUAAUAUUGCUACUUUUAAUACUGGUUAACAGGUGGACAAAGCACGGGAAGAGAUGGAAAAGAAGAAGGCUGAUUUUAAGGCUGGAAAAUCGUUAGUGGUAAGUCUGGCUUCACUGCUGUGUGGAAGUGUGUGUCAUUUUCUCUCCUGGUAGUGGAUGUCUGGGUGUCUCUGUGCACUUAAUAAAUGAGGAUUGAAUUAAAAUAACAUCUGCCUUCAGAUAAGCGGCCGUGAGGUGUUUGAGUUCCGUCCAGAGUUGGUCGACGACGAUGAUGCUGAAGCCACAGAUACUCGAUAUGCCAGCAGUGAUGAAGAAGAUGAUGAUGUGGAAGAGGUAACUAUAAAAGGCACAGAGUCACUGAAUCUCUGCUGGUCCCUGCCCUCUGAGCCGAGUACAACCGUCCACAGUCAGUUGUCAUUCGGCUUUGUGAGGCUUCAUACUGUUUUGUGCAGUGUGGUGUCCCAGCACAAUAAUUGCACUCACAUCAUUUGGUAUUGGAAACACUUUCUAUUGCUUAUACAAUAUCUGAAGUGUAAUUGUGUUGUGAUGAUGGUACAUGAGUCAUUCUCGGUAGGUCAGUCUGAGUAAGUUACUCAAGACCGAGUUUUGGGGGUGGUGUUUUAGGUGGUCGAUCGUAAAGUGUGUCGAUAAUUCUCUCCAAUCUCUUAAAAGAUUUUAUUACAAAAAAAAAAGUUAACCUCCUUGUGGUCCUUGCUGCUUCUUUAGCUCAACAUGGAAAUGGAAAAACUUAUGGAGUUCUGACAGUUAAAAAAGACAAAUUUAUCCCUUGAUGGAUUUACACCCAGCAAGAGUGUGGAAUAAAUCAUUACAAAGAAGGCCUGAACAUGACUAGGUGGCUUCAUUUCCCACAUUUUAAAGGAAAACCUAGAGCUAGGGCUGGGCAAUAAAUUUAUAACGAUAUAAAUAUAGAAAAUUAAUUUCCCUCAAUAUAAAACUUGGUCAAUAUGCUUUUCAAUAGUCUGCAUUCUGCCAUGUUUUGGUAGACUAUACAAAUAGCCAAUGAAAAGGGGAGUUGCUCCGGAUCAGCUUCGCACUGAACCAAUCAUGUGCUGAAUUAGAACCAAGUAGUAAACAACUACAUUGUAGCAGGCUGCAGCUACACACAACCAUAGCACUGUAACACGUGAAGCUGACAGCACUGUUGGUGAGAAAAAAGAAAAUGAGUGGCACUACCAGCAGAAAUGCAGAUGAAGGCUCAACAGAUGAUGAUAUCGUCGACAACACUGCCAUGAAAACGUUGGUGGUGUGCAGGUAUUUUAGUUUUUUUUAGGUCAGACAUGGCGCAGAGUAAUGUGCACUGCAAAUUAUGUCGAGUACAUGUUCUCACAAAGUCAGGGAAUACCUCAAAUGUUUUUCACCACCUAAAGCAGUGUCACGAGGCAGAGCACACGUAAUGAAAAAGGUUACAAACCCUGAGCGAAGCAAGGAGCCCAUAGCGCCUGUGCAGCUGGAACAGCUGACCAAUUAGUCCGUGCUCUCUAGCGCAACGCCUUAUGACAAAACAUCAAAGACCUCACAGAUACAGUAGCUUAUUGUAUUGCAAAAGACAUGCUACCAAUAAGCACAGUUAAAUGUCAUUAUUUAUAUCAUGCUAUAUAUCAAUAUCGACUGAUAUGAAACAAAUAUAUAUUGUGGUAAACUUUUUCCGAUAUCACCCAGCCCUACAUAGAACCAUAGUUUCCAGUACACUAUUUGUUUCAUUAAUUAAGAAUGAUCAAUUAUAACAAACAUCAAUCAAUGACUGGGUGAUCAUUAUUAGAUAAAGAUGAUGCAAAGUGGUUUGGAGCAGACUUGUUUUUUUCUGAUCUUCUAUAUCUGUACUCCAUUUUCCCAGAUGGGUUGUCACAGGAGACUAUUUCCUGUUAAUUAACAACACCUGUGGUACACACCUGUGCUGCUGAGUCAUCCCAGACUGAAAAUUAGUCUGUUUAAUUCUGCAGUGAAUUAUUUUUAACUCCAUUCCCUUGAUUCAGUUCAACAUAUUUAAACCCAGCUGUGCGCUUUCCUGUUUUUUUUCAGGCUCUAAUUCCUGUCUCAGUGGGUUUCUUUUAUAACAGUAGAUGUUAUUGCACAAACAAUUAUUCCUGUUAAAGGUGAUUUCAUGAAUUCUUGAAAGUCCAUUAGUUUUUCAGAAUAAGUGUACUGUAUGAUUCUGAAAACUGCAAACAUCCAGACAGAUAUCUCUUUAAAAAUCUCAAAUUCAGGUCCUCACUACAAGCCUAAGACGAUCCUUAUUUGACAGAACAGGAUUCUGCUCUCAGGACCAUGUUGACUGUGGCAGAGGAAAAAAAACACACACACAUUUGCUCCCACAUAUGCAUUUAAACUAUUCUCUUGUGUCCCUCCUUUUACCUGAAAACACUUUCAUUUCAGAUUGAUACUUCAGAGGUCCAAGACAUAGACUUAUCCCGUUUUGUUCCACAAGAGGUUGACAACACAGGCAUUACUGUAGCAUCUACAGACCGUUUUGCAUCGAGGAGUACUACUCAGAGAAAGGAAACAGAAAACGGUAAGGAAAAAAAAAAAUCAACGACUAACUACCAAGCCCAGACAGACAUGGAACCACUUUGAACAUUUAUAAAUAAACACAUUGCUCUGCUUUCUUCUCUACUGUCCACUUUCAGAGGAGCAGCUGAACGGAGCCUGCGGUGGCACAGAGGCCAACGGCCUGUCGGGAGCAGAGGGGGGUGGGGAGGAUGGAGGAGGGGAGGACGAAGAAGAAGAAGAAGACGAAGACGAGGAGGUACCGGUGGAUGAGAACCUGUUUACAGGGGAAGAUCUGGAGGAACUUGACGAGGAGCUCAACACGCUGGCACUUGAGGACUAAGAUAGACUUCAGGAUGGACUAAGUGACAAAGGGAGGGACAGAUGGAUGCAUGGAGCUAAACAACAAAGAGACCAGAUGUUUCAAGGAUUUUAAUUUCAGAGACUCCAGUAAUAAAGCCUGAUAAUAUCAUCACAUCACUGCCCUUGCUGUUUUUGUCUCGCCCCUCCCAUGACCCACCAAGUCCUCUGCUUUUUUAAUCCAUCAGGUGUUCACGGGUACUCAAAGUUCACCAGGGCCAAAUCCACAUGAAUACUUCUUGUCAGACUCUCCCUUGUAAGUGAAUUGGCGGCUUCUGCUGCUGCGCACUUUUUGUCACUUGAUAAACUCGGCGGCUGAUCGUUAAAUCUGAAGUUGCAUUUAAUUAAUCCUGACCCAAUCACCAGCUACAUAUUGAAUAAAUUAGUGUGGCUAAUAAAGAGCCAUGGUUCUGUUGCGUGAAAUUGACUGUUCAGAGCUUCAGGUUGCGUUGUUGUCAAUCUAGUCAAGAUCCUCCACAAUAAAUCAGUUCAGCGUAGCUUAAAGCCCCUGCUGAUAAUUCUUGUACUGCCCUCUGAGACCACAAUGAUGCUUUAACUCCACCCUAGCAGGGACACCAAAUGGUCCCAUUGCCACCCCUGUAAUGUAAAUAAUGUUUUCAUGAGAUGCCUCCAGAAGAAAUAAAAGAUCAUUGUACAUUCA